AUGCUUGCCUAUAAAUAUCAUCUGGGUCUACUGAAAGGAAAACUCGCCCGUCUACGCGCCCAGCUGCUCGAGCCCGGCCCCGGCUCCGGUGGUGCGGGCGGCUCAGGCUUCGACGUCAGCAAGAGUGGCGAUGCGCGCAUAGCCCUCGUGGGCUUUCCCUCAGUCGGUAAAUCUACCUUCCUGUCUAAGGUGACCAAGACGCGAUCCGAAGUGGCCUCGUAUGCCUUCACCACUCUUACCGCCAUCCCCGGUGUUCUCGAGUACGGCGGCGCCGAGAUCCAGCUCCUAGAUCUCCCUGGUAUCAUCGAGGGUGCCGCCGAGGGCAAGGGCCGUGGGCGACAGGUCAUCUCGGCGGCUAAGACGAGCGACUUGAUCCUCAUGGUCCUGGAUGCCACAAAGCGUGCUGAGCAGAGGGCCCUACUGGAGGCUGAAUUGGAAUCCGUUGGUAUCCGAUUGAAUCGCGAGCCGCCAAACAUCUACCUCAAGGUCAAAAAGGCAGGUGGCAUGAAAAUCACCUUUCAGUCCCCCCCCAAAAACGUCGACGAGCGGAUGCUCUCGGCUGUCCUGCGCGACUACAAGAUCCUCAACUGCGAAGUUCUGGUGCGCGACGAGAACGCGACGAUAGACGACUUCAUCGACGUCAUCAUGAAGGACCACCGGAAGUACAUUAAAUGCCUGUACGUCUACAACAAGAUUGAUAGCGUCUCCCUCGACUUCCUCGACAAGCUGGCCCGCGAGCCCUCAACGGCCGUUAUGAGCUGCGAGCUCGACCUUGGUAUCCAGGACGUCGUCGACCGCUGCUGGACCGAGCUGCGCCUUAUCCGGAUCUACACCAAGCGCAAGGGCGCCGACCCCGACUUCUCCGAGGCCCUCAUCGUCCGCAGCAAUAGCUCUGUCGAGGACGUCUGCGACCGCAUCCACCGCACCCUCAAGGACACCUUCAAAUACGCCCUCGUCUGGGGUGCAAGCGCACGUCACAUUCCCCAGAGGGUGGGGUUGAGCCAUAUGGUUAGCGAUGAGGAUGUCAUCCACAUUGUCAGUGCAUGGAAGGCAUAA